UCGUAUGGUGUUAUCCUGCUAGAAAUGAUUACUAGCAGAUUGACCAUAGUCCAAGUAGGUUCCUCUGAAAUGGAUUUGGUUCAUUGGAUUCAGCUCUGCAUUGAAGAGAAGAAGCCUCUCUCAGAUGUUUUAGACCCUUAUUUAGUCCAAGAUGCCAAAAAGGACGACGAAAUUAUUGGAGUUAUUAAGAUUGCAAUGGCUUUCAUUCAGACUAGUCCUGAGAUGAGACAAACAAUGAGGCAUGUAGGUGAAGCUUUGGACAGGCUGAUCAUAUCUGAUUCUUCAGAAACCCAACAAGCUAGCCUCAAGGGUACUAAAAUUGGAGAGAAAUAGUCUGGAGUAUCUUCUACACCACUUUUGUGGAGUAACUGCUAAUAAAGAGUUGGUUUUUUUUUUC